ACAGCCUGCAGAAAUAUGCAAAUUUAGUUCGGCCAACAAUCGCGCAAAUAAUUCGAAAUAAUUGCGGAAUUCAUAGCGAGGGCAACCGGAGGAAAUACUUAUGAAUUUUUGAUUACAUUUCGCGGCGGCAACAACGGCAUUUCAACGAUGCAAUCGUGGGGAAUAAUUUCUGUGCCAGCGAGUUUUCCAUUUGGCCUUUGCCUAAUGAGUUUGCUAUUGGCUUUAUUCGGCUGCCAUGGAGAAAGGACAAAUGUCGGUCUUGUCUACGAGAACACCGAACCGGAUCUCGAGAAGAUCUUCCACUUGGCCAUUAGCAAGGCGAACGAGGAUAACGAGGACCUUCAGUUCCACGGAGUGUCCGUCUCCAUCGAGCCGGGCAACUCCUUCGAGACCUCAAAAAAGCUCUGCAAAAUGCUGCGGCAAAAUCUGGUGGCCGUGUUCGGACCCACCUCGAAUCUGGCCGCCCGUCACGCGAUGAGCAUCUGCGACGCCAAGGAGCUGCCCUUUCUGGACACGCGCUGGGACUUCGAGGCGCAGCUGCCGACCAUCAAUCUGCACCCACAUCCCGCCUCCCUGGGCGUGGCCCUGCGGGACAUGGUGGUCGCUCUGGGGUGGGAGAGCUUUACCAUCAUUUACGAGUCGGGUGAGUAUCUGGCCACCGUGCGGGAGCUGCUCCAGAUGUACGGAACGGCGGGACCGACGGUCACCGUAAGGCGGUACGAACUGGACUUGAACGGGAACUACCGGAAUGUCCUGCGUAGGAUACGCAAUGCAGAGGACUUCUCCUUCGUGGUGGUGGGCUCGAUGGCCACGCUGCCGGAGUUUUUUAAGCAGGCCCAGCAGGUGGGUUUGGUGACCAGCGACUACCGCUACAUCAUCGGCAACCUGGACUGGCACACCAUGGAUCUGGAGCCCUACCAGCACGCCGGAACGAACAUCACGGGUCUUCGCCUCGUUUCCCCCGAAAGCGAACAGGUGCAGGAGGUGGCGAAGGCGCUUUACGAGAGCGAGGAACCCUUCCAGAACGUGUCCUGUCCCCUGACCAACAGCAUGGCCCUCAUCUACGACGGAGUCCAGCUGCUGGCCGAGACCUACAAGCACGUGAACUUCCGCCCGGUGGCCCUCAGCUGCGGCGACGACAGCGCCUGGGACAAGGGCUUCACGCUCGUCAACUACAUGAAGUCGCUAACGCUGAAUGGCCUCUCGGGUCCCAUUCGCUUCGACUACGAGGGACUGCGCACGGAUUUCGAGCUGGAGGUCAUCGAGCUGGGGGUGUCGGGGAUGCAGAAAAUUGGCCAGUGGAGCGGCGAGGAUGGCUUCCAGGAGGCGCGACCUGCUCCUGCUCACUCCUUGGAGCCGGACAUGCGUUCGCUGGUGAACAAAAGCUUCGUCGUCAUCACGGCCAUUAGUGAACCCUACGGCAUGCUGAAGGAGACCUCCGAGAAGCUGGAGGGCAACGAUCAGUUCGAGGGCUUCGGCAUCGAGCUAAUCGACGAGCUGUCCAAGAAGCUGGGCUUCACGUACACGUGGCGCCUCCAGGUGGACAACAAGUACGGUGGCAUCGACCCCAAGACCGGCGAGUGGAACGGCAUGUUGCGUGAGAUAAUAGACAGUCGUGCUGACAUGGGCAUUACCGACCUGACCAUGACAUCAGAACGGGAGAGCGGCGUCGACUUCACCAUACCCUUCAUGAGUUUGGGAAUUGGAAUUCUGUUCCGCAAACCGAUGAAGGAACCCCCAAAACUUUUCUCCUUCAUGUCGCCGUUUUCUGGGGAAGUCUGGCUUUGGCUGGGACUGGCCUACAUGGGUGUAUCGAUCAGUAUGUUUGUACUGGGAAGACUUUCUCCUGCCGAGUGGGACAAUCCAUAUCCAUGCAUUGAAGAGCCGACGGAACUGGAAAACCAGUUUAGUUUCGCCAACUGUCUAUGGUUUUCGGUAGGAGCUCUACUGCAACAGGGAUCUGAAUUGGCUCCAAAAGCUUAUUCAACUCGGGCUGUGGCCGCAUCCUGGUGGUUCUUCACUCUGAUUUUGGUCUCCUCAUACACGGCUAAUUUAGCAGCAUUUCUCACUGUGGAGUCAUUGGUGACCCCAAUCAAUGAUGCAGAUGAUCUGUCAAAGAACAAAGGCGGUGUAAACUAUGGAGCCAAGAUUGGUGGCGCUACUUUUAAUUUCUUUAAGGAAUCAAACUACCCCACUUACCAGCGGAUGUACGAAUUCAUGAGGGACAAUCCCCAGUACAUGACGAAUACCAACCAAGAGGGCGUGGAUCGGGUGGAGAACUCCAACUAUGCCUUCCUCAUGGAGUCCACCACCAUUGAGUACAUCACCGAAAGGCGAUGCACCCUCACCCAAGUGGGAGCCUUGCUGGACGAGAAGGGUUACGGGAUAGCCAUGCGAAAGAACUGGCCUUACAGGGACACCCUCAGUCAGGCGGUUUUGGAGAUGCAGGAGCAGGGAGUGCUGACCAAGAUGAAGACCAAGUGGUGGAAGGAGAAGCGCGGCGGGGGAGCCUGUUCGGAUGCGGACGAGGAAUCCGGAGCCGUCGCAUUGGAGAUCAGCAACCUGGGCGGCGUUUUCCUGGUGAUGGGAGUGGGCUCCUUCUUCGGCAUCUUUGUCUCCCUGCUCGAGAUGGUGUUGGGCGUGAAGGAGCGCAGCGACGAGAACCAGGUCAACUUCAAGACCGAACUUCUCGACGAGAUUCGCUUCAUCUUGCAAUGCUCUGGCAAUACCAAAGCGGUUAAGUAUCCGAAGAACUCUUCGCGGUCUGCAGCCAGUUCCAAGUCGAAAGGAUCUUCCCUUUCUCUGGAUUCGCUGCCAGAGGAUCCUUCGGAAGCCUACGAAUCUGGCAAGCACAACCAUAACAAAAAGUAAUAUCACAGAGU